AUGGUAUGUGACUUCNCUGUAUUGUCGCAACCUAUUUUGACGCUCUACACUACAGCUCAGAAACCGCAAUAUCCUCCGGCAUUCCCCUUGCAGCCUUCUCUAGCAUCAUCCUACAAUAAUGCACCAAGUGUUCUUCCCAAUGUACUUGACACCAGUGCCCCCAACGCCCAAGAUGUCUGUCCCGGAUACAAAGCCUCCAAUGUACAACAAAGCAGUUCUAGUCUCACGGCUGAUUUGACUCUGGCUGGCACUCCCUGUAACAUUUACGGUAACGAUAUCCAGGAUCUUAUAUUGUCUGUUCAGUAUCAGAAUCAGACCAGACUUGCUGUCAGCAUCGCUCCCAAAUACCUUGCUCCCCACAACGAGUCACUUUAUAUCCUGGAUGAGCGUUACACUCCGCGACCCGGAGCCGAGNGGGGUAGUAGCAAUAUUACCAGCGACCUGGCUUUUUCUUGGAGCAACAAUCCCAGUUUCCAGUUUGAGAUCACCCGGGUUCGAUCUGGUGAGACGAUCUUCAGUACAUUUGGCAAGAAGAUCGUUUUCGAAGAUCAGUUCCUUGAGUUGGUCACCUCAAUGGUUCCGGACUAUAAUGUGUAUGGCUUUGCUGAAGCCUUUCACUCUNUCCGAUUGGGCAACAACUACACGCAGACCUUCUGGAAUGCCUACAACCUUGACAACGAUCAAUUGCCUGACGUCAAUGGACAUAGUACGCAUCCAGUGUACCUGGAAACUCGUUAUGGCAACGGCACAUCUACCUCUCAUGGAGUAUAUGCUCGUAACGCACAUGGUCAAGAUUGGCUCCUGAGAGAAGAUACCAUCACAUACCGCACGAUCGGCGGUAGUUUCGAUCUCUACUUCCUCAGCGGCCCUACGGCANAAGAGGUCAUCAGCCAAUACCAAGUGGGCAUAGUCAACACUCCCGUCAUGCAAGCUUAUUGGGCGCUUGGCUUCCAUCAAUGUCGUUGGGGCUACUUGAAUUGGACGAACCUUCGUGAUGUAGUCGAGCUAUACGCCGAGCAGAACAUCCAACUCGAAGGUAUCAUGAACGACCUCGAUUACCUCAACCUGAACAGAGACUUUACCCACAACGCAAACUAUCCAGUGGACGAAGGAAGAGAAUUCUUGGACUGGCUGCACGCGCGUGGUCAAUACUACUUGCCUAUACUGGACCCAAAUAUCUAUGCUCCAGACCCGACUAAUGCCAGUGAUGCAUACCCACCCUUCGACCGUGGCAAUGAGCUCGACGUCUUCAUCAGAAAUGGCAACGACAGCUUAUACUACGGCAUGGAAUGGAAUGGCUUCAGCGUCUGGCCCGACUUUUCCGUCCCACAAGCCCAACAAUUCUGGACAGAGCAAUUCAUCGAAUUCCACAAGUCGUUGGCGUUCGAUGGAUUCUGGCUUGAUGUCAGUGAUCCCACUUCUUGGUGUACCGGUAGCUGUGGUCAAUAUCAGCGAAGUCUGAACCCUGUGCAUGUGCCUNUUGCAUUGCCUGGAGAUCCAAACACGAGCAUUGCGGUGGAUUACAGAUAUCCAGAGAUGUUUAAUGUUACGAAUGCGACUGAGGCUGCUUCAGCUAGUGCGGCAAGAGCGUCGCAGUCGUCGGCGUAUCCGUCUAUGACACUUGCUCCUUCCCCUGUUCUGGGACGCACGCUCGCUACUCCUGGUAUUCGCAAUCUCAAUUUCCCGCCUUACGCCAUCAACAAUUUCCUGCCUGGUCACAGUCUGCUGAAACAGGUUAUUGCACCUAAUGCAACUCAUCUAGAUGGACCUUACAACAGUACUGAGUAUGAGCUGCACAACCUUUAUGGUCAUCUGAGUGCCAAUGCAUCAUACAAUGCUCUCGUCGCAGUCUACGAAGGCAAGAGACCAUGGUUCAUCGCCAGAAGCACUUUCGCUGGAAGUGGUGCCUUUGCUGGCCACUGGGACAUGUACUUCGGCAUUUCCCAAGCCUUGCAGUUCUCCAUCGCUGGUAUUCCAUACUUCGGCGUCGAGACUUGCGGCUUUAACGGCAAUGCCGAUAUGGAGCUGUGUNAUCGCAACCACAACAACCGCAACACCAUUGCUCAGGAGGCAUAUCGCUGGGCAACGACGGCCGAGUCGACCAGACGUAUCAUGAACAUUCGCUACUCUCUGCUUCCAUACACAUACACGCUCUUCCAUAAAGCGAACAAGGCAGGUGAGACGGUACUGAGAGCACUUGCUUGGGAGUUCCCCGAGGACGCUUCGCUCAAAGCCAUCGACAACCAAUUCAUGAGCGGUCCAGCACUUUUGGUGACGCCAGUACUCGCACCACUCGUCACUUCAGUACAAGGAGUAUUCCCAGGAGUGGCUACUGGAACGAUCUGGUACGACUGGUAUACUCUGUCGAAAGUCGAUGUUGCUCCUGGCGAAAACAAGACAUUGAGUGCACCAAUUGAGCAUCAGCCAAUCUUCGUCAGAGGUGGCUACAUUAUCCCAAUCCAGAAAGCUGGAAACACGACUGCGACCUCGAGGAAGAGUCCUUGGAGCUUGCUAAUCGCUCUUGACAAGGAUGGUAUGGCGAGCGGUGAGCUGUAUCUCGAUGAAGGCAUCAACAUCGUCCAGAAUGCAACAAAGAACGUUGAGGUAAGGCAAUUGUUUCCCGUCUCUCCAAUCACACUGACCAUGCUGUUAGNNAUAUCAUUUGCAAACAACAUGUUGUCUACCAAGGUCAUUGGUGACUUCCAAGACGGCAUUCCGUUGGCCAACAUCACCAUCGCUGGUGCAUCGGCUCUGCCAAAAGACAUCAAGCUUCAUGUCGAUGGCGCUGCUUGUGAGACUUCUGUUGUUGAAGUUAAGGCAGGUGGCAAUGUGACCUACAUAACAGGACUUGAGGGUGUUACGACAGGUGGCGCGUGGCAGAGCGAUCUGAAGCUUCAACUGGUGUACUGA